AUGUGUGACGUGGGUGCAGACAUUGUUGCAGUUUUUUGCGAGGCGCCCGUCUGCAAGCAGGAUUUCUCCUACAGCGUCUUCGACCCGAGGGUCACCUACACCAUGAAGCUGCUGCGUUUCUCUCAGAGUGGGGAUGCGGCCUUGUUUAAAGCCGUGGCGACCGAUUCCUCGGCGGGGGACUGCACCAUGGUCUACGGCCGGUCUUUGUGCAAGGGCUUGGCACGGCAGGAUCCAGCCAAAGCGCUGAUGAAUGCAGAUAGCUUCGGCUACUACGUCCUGGAUGCCGGCAAUCCAAAAACUUUUGGCCGCUACAGUGCGAAGCAGCUCGAGGAAAAGAUGCACGCUGCAGUGGACGAGGUGAACACCGUGCUGGCCACAGCUGGGGACGAGGUCACUCAGGGCGAAGUCCGCGUCCGACCAGAGCAUGGUGAGCUCAUUUUCGGCAGUGCAUCGCAAGGCUGGAUGAUUUCGUUGCCUCUCCUAGCUCGCAACUUCAAGGAUAGAUAUGGACUGAAGAUAGCAGCCCUCAGCCGUCGGCUGUGGUGUGCGGGUCGACGUGGGGGGGCACAGGACGCCGUUGAGGAGGAAGAGGAGGCUGAGGAGCUCAAGGAGCCACUUCUGCGGCGCUUGGUGCUCGAGCCGCUGCUGGAGCUUUGCGCUGCUUUCCGGCGCCAGGAUUGGGAACUUGCCCACACAAUGCUCGAGGGACUGCGGCUUCCAGCUCUGGGCUACGGGGAGAAGUACCUGGCCUACCGCUCGCUCGUCACCAAAAUCAUGAAGCGGCUUGCGGAGGGAGAUGCGUGCCAGGUGAUGUGCCAGCUCCUGUCUCUUCGGCUGCCCUCCCCACGCAAGGCUCAGGGCGCUGACCGGGUGCAGCAUCUCUUCUUGGGAACGCCUGAAGGGAAGCAUGCGGAUGCUCUGCGGAAAUGCUCGCCCGAAGGCCCUCUGACCCUGGCUGUGGCGCGCCUGUUAGCUGUUCGACCGGCUGCUGGCAGUGCUGGCAGCUGCGGCGCGGCCAAGAAAUACGCACUUGGCCGGAUAUUCUGCGGCAGCAUUAGCAGAGGACAACGCCUCCGUGUAAGCGGGAAGCAGGAACACGGCCGGCACGACCUGGCCAGCGUCGAGCAGCUGGCGGUGCCCUGCAGUGGCUGCGCAGAGCCUGUCGAUCAGGUCUUUGCCGGAAACCUGGUGCUGCUGACGGGGCCCCAGCAUCUAAUCUUCAAGUCCGGCACCCUGCUGGACGAGAGCCUUCCACACGAAUCAGGUUUUGUUGAAACCCCGCAGCCUAGCCCAGUGGUGAGAGUGUCCGUACGACCAAAACGCGCAGAAGAUUUGCCCAAGCUGGUUGUGGCACUCCGUCAGCUGAGCGCCUGCGAUCCUGUGGUGCGAUGUCGCGCAGAAGAGUGGGGGGAGCACGUGAUCUCCGGUGUCGGGGAGCUUCACCUCCGAACAUGCAUUGGGGAGCUUGCGGCAGAGCUUGCCGCACGUGAGUCUGAGGAACAGGCUUUGGGGGCUUUCGAGUGUAGGCAACGUUUAGGAAUCUUUGCAGGUAAUUAG